AAGUCGAGAGUUCGAAAGUAAUUGCAGCGACUACCGCCUGCACUCCUUUGUGAUACUUUCCCGGGACUCGAUUCGUUUUCGCACUCGCAUUUGUUGUCGACGCCAUACAUUUUGGAUUUUGGUAGCCAAAUGCUUGCACUGAUUAAGCCCGGUCAUCCGUCAGAUGGCACUUCCCCCCUGCCCCGCAGUCGUCGAUGCACUCGAUAAGAUAGUCAAUUAAAGAGCUCGACAACCUGUACUAGCCGCGGCGAUAGGUAACUCGACUCGGUAGCAGGAGAACGUCGCUCCGGCCGGAGCAAAUGUUGUUCCAGAGAAAACAGUAAAGCGUGAGAGAGAAAGGCAGAGUGAAAUUUACUUACCUGACGGCAAUCAGCGGGCAAUUAUGCGAUAAGCUCUUAUCAGACUGCAGAUAACACUUUUCCGCGCGAGAGGCGGCUGAGAAUUAUGAAAUCGGAAUCGGAAUUUCGGCUGCGUUAGUUGUACUCCGUUGGCGUCUACGUGCGGUUGUCACCUCCGUUGAAUUCGAUCAGUGCAGAUCGCGAGUGCUUUUGAGUGAUUUACCUGAUUGAUUUACCUGAUAUCUGCAGUUAAACGCCCUUGAUAUCUGCCCCAGAUAAGGCCAUUGUGGCAUAAGGUGUGAUCAAAUUCGAUAUAGAAACUGGCUCAAAAUCAAAUGUACCUGCCAGGAACUUAAAACAAUUUUUUAUUUCUAUUUGAAACUCCAGGCCAACCCUCUAUAAAAGUUAAAAAACAAAAAGCGUAAACGCAGAGGCUAAUUGUGAAAGCGAAAAUAAAAACACUGUGAUAAAGAAGGCAUAAACAAAGGGGGACAGAACUAAACACAGAAAGAGGACCCUCCUGCCGGCAGCAAAAUAAUAUAAAAUUUUAAUAAAACUAAAACCCGAAGCAAAUUAAAAAGCAAGCGACGCCAAAUGCGGCACUAAAAGUAAUUAGCGACAGGAGCUGCAGGAGUUGGCAAUAAAAACAAAGCAGAGGUGUAAUAAAUGAUGUUGCAAUCCUUGAGUCUGCACGCGGAUAAACUGAGCGGCAAUUCACCAGCAGCAGCAGCAGCAGCAGCAGCAACUGGAGCAGCAGCAGCAACAACAGAGGCAACAGCAGCAGCAUCCGCAGCAACAGCAACAACAACAAUGCUUGCAACGGCACCUGUUGCCCAUGUUGCUAAUGGCAACAACAGCAAUUCAAGUGCCGGCAGCAGCAGCAGCAACAGCAGCAGCAACAACCACAGCCUCUACAGCAAUAACAAUUUAAAUACAGGCAACAAUAGCCAGCAACAGCAGCAACAGCAGCAGCAACAUCCGCAGAUACUGCCGGUCAAGUACGAGUAUUUAGAGAAUCUAACGAGCUCGGGCGCAACUUCAGGUGCCAUUGCAGCGACAACAACUUUCACGGGAGCUGCGAAAAGUUUCCAUCCCUAUUUGCGGCCCACCGGCAGUGGCAACAACAGCAACAUCGCAGCAUUAUCUACAACAACGGCAGCAACAGCGGCUAAAAUGUCGACAACAUUGUUUGAGACACUCUUGCACAACCAAAUAAAUUCCAGCCCAAUAGCACUGCCAGCAGCAACGGCAAUCGCAGCAAUAUCUGCAGCGGCAACAGCAGCAACAGCAGCAGCAGCAGCAACACCAGGCACCGCAGCAACCGCAGCAGCUGCAGCUGCAGCAGCAGCAGCAUCAGCAGCACCGUCAACGCAGCUGAAUUCCAGCAUUAAUUCCAGAACUUCAUUAGGCGACCAGGGUGGUGCAAUUGUUGUUGUUACCCCCGCACCACCCGUUGCUGCACCACCACCACCAACCGGCGGCCCAAAUCGCACCCAAAGUCCCCCGCGUGACUGCUCGGUCAAAAUGGAGAUCAUGGAAUCGACCAGCCCGGAUUCGAUCAAGGAUCAGCCGGAUGCGGACAAUAUCAAGAUGUUCGUGGGCCAAAUACCGAAGACCUGGGACGAGACGAGGCUACGCCAAAUGUUCGAGCAGUUCGGACCCGUUCACACGCUGAAUGUGCUCCGGGACAAGGUCACAUCGAUUAGCCGAGGGUGCUGUUUUGUCACCUACUAUACAAGAAAGGCCGCCCUGCGCGCCCAGGACGCGUUGCACAACAUCAAGACCUUGGAUGGGAUGCACCAUCCCAUUCAGAUGAAGCCGGCGGAUAGUGAGAACAGAAAUGAACGUAAACUUUUCGUUGGCAUGCUGAACAAAAAGUACACCGAGGCUGAUGUGAGGCAGCUCUUCACGGGCCACGGAACCAUCGAGGAGUGCACAGUGCUCCGGGAUCAGGCUGGUCAGAGCAAGGGCUGCGCCUUCGUCACAUUCGCCACUAAGCAGAACGCCAUCGGAGCUAUUAAGGCCCUCCAUCAAAGUCAGACCAUGGAAGGCUGUUCAGCUCCGCUGGUUGUGAAAUUCGCCGACACGCAAAAGGAAAAAGACCAAAAGAAGAUGCAGCAGAUACACGCAUUCUGUGGCAUCAAUACGCCGAGCGGUGCGACAGCAGGUGCGGCCACGCCCACCAUUAAUGCCGCAACGGCUCUAAUAGCCGCUCCGCCCUCGGCGGGACGUACCAAUCCGUCGAUGGCGGCCGCACUGGCGGCAGUGCCUCAGGUUCAGCAGGCUGGUUCUGCAGCAACGGCACCAGCCACCCUCGUUCCCCUGAACUCCACCAGCGCCCUCAGUGCGUCGUUGACGCCCAAUCUCCUAGCCACCAAUGCCGCCCACCAGGGGGCGGCAGCAGCGGCCGCCUAUUUGGGGGCAGAUCCCGCUGCGGCGGCCCACCUUCAGCUGUACCAACAACUGCACGGAUACGGACUGAGUCCGGCACACUAUCUGCCAGGACUAAAUUUCCACCACCCACCGGAAAACAGUGCCCACCACAGCCAGCACAGUCCCGGCAUCGGCGGCGCAUCAGCAGCAUCUCUAUCGGCUGCAGCAGCCACAGCAGCAUCUAACCCACUUGGCGGCGCACCACCACCCACACCCACAUCCACAAGUGCCGCCGGGCAUGCUGCUGGCGCUGGACUGCUCGCCGCUCCAUCCAUGUCUAUGCAGAAUCUGGUAGCCCUACUAGCCACGCCCACCGCCCACCACCAGCUGUCCCUCCACCACAGCAGCAGCAGCAGCAGCGGCCACAACAACGGCAGCAGCAGCGCCACCAGUGGCCUCCACAACCAGCGGCUGACCUUCGCGGCCGCCCCACCACCACCCAUCGCGACCACCUACAACAUGCCGCAGCUAAUCGGUCACUCGGCCACGCCCACCCAGCAGGGGGGCGGCAGCCAAUCGUUGACCUUCAAUGCGCUGUGGCCUCCAAAUGCCGCCGACCCCUAUUCAUCCUCCCUGAGCGGACUGACAAAUGGAGCCGCCUACGGAGCCGCAUCUCAACCUCUGACCGCCAGCGCCCUUCAAGCGGCAGCUGCCGGCGUGGUUGGCAAGCAGAUCGAGGGUCCCGAUGGCAGCAAUCUUUUCAUUUAUCACCUACCUCAGGAGUUCAUUGACACAGAUCUCGCGUCGACGUUUCUUCCCUUCGGCAAUGUCCUUUCGGCCAAGGUGUUCAUCGAUAAGCAGACCAACCUGUCGAAGUGCUUCGGCUUUGUGUCCUACGAUAAUCCCCACUCGGCCAACGCCGCAAUCCAGGCGAUGCAUGGCUUUCAAAUCGGCACCAAGCGGCUGAAGGUCCAACUUAAACGUUCCAAGGAUGCGGCUAAGCCGUACUAGGCAGCUAAGAAAUGGGCUUAAAUGGGCGUGGCCAUGGAGGCACCCAGCACACCAGCAAUUCACAAGUAAUGGAAUGAAACUAGUUUAAACAAUUGUGCCUUUUAAGCAACGUUCUGAAACCAAAGGACCAAUUACAAAAAUGUAUCUGAUAAGUGAACACACAACUAAAGAUAAAUAGAAAGCUUACAAAUAAAGUUCUCGAGUGCACAAAAACGAACCGCAAAAAUCAACCCUACCAAAGAAGUAGCUUAAAAGUUGCAUCCCUCUUGUAAUCACAUUUGCUGAAUACCAUCAACAUUUUCAUUAAAUCUACCUAACUAACGUGGUCGGCAAACAAAUCCUACAGAAUAAAAACUAAAUGCAUAAAAUACCUAAAUUGUUAACUGCGUUGUGGCGCCAAAGUAUUUUUCAAAGCCAAAUAGUUAAGCAAACAGAAGAGUAAAAUCAAUAAUGAAGAGAAAAUGUAACUUGUGCACCAACCAAGAGAUAAAACUUAGAAAAAUAAUAUAUAGAUUAAAUUUAAGGAAAUAAAUAUUAUAAUAAAAUAAAGCGGGGCGCAGUCCAACGUAAAAAACAUUCGAAAUUCCGCUCGUAGUGAGAAACAUUUAAGGAGAUAGCUAAAAAUAAUUCAACUAAAGUAAAUUAAAACAAAAACAUUUUGAAACCCAAGUGAAAAAAUGAACAACUAACUAAUUCAUACAGCUAAACAAAAAUGAAGCUGAUGAAGCUUAUUUUAAACUUAUAUUUUAUUCAGUACGAAAAUCUUAACCCAAAACUUAAAUUUAUUAUAUUUGUACUUAAAUUGUUCUUGAUGUUAGAGGGCAAAAUUAAAUUGAAUAAAAUCAGACAAAUAAAUGUAAAAUGUAAUGUAGUCUGUAAUUAGUUUAACAUUUUACUGAAAGGUAUAGAAAACAUACAUAAAGUCAAGCGGUUUCAAAGAUUUACAAAUAAAACAUAUU